AUGCCGCGGUGCAAGUGCUUGCCUGUGAACGCUCCCACGUGGGGUCAAUCUCACACGUGCUUCACCGACUUCCCCACUCCCACUGUCUCUCUCACCCGCAAGCUAGGAGCUGAGUUUGUCGGAACCUUCAUCCUCAUGUUUGCAGCAAGUGCCGGACCAAUUGUGAACCAAAAGUACAACGGCGCAGAGACACUGAUUGGCAAUGCGGCAUGUGCUGGACUUGGGGUGAUGAUCGUGAUCUUGUCCACGGGCCAUAUCUCUGGUGCGCAUCUAAACCCAUCUCUCACCAUUGCCUUUGCUGCCCUGCGUCACUUCCCGUGGGUUCAAGUCCCUGCCUACAUUGCUGCUCAGGUUUCAGGCUCCAUUUGUGCCUCAUUUGCUCUCAAAGGAGCUUUCCAUCCGUACAUGUCGGGCGGCACCACGGUGCCUACUGUGAGCACUGGCCAGGCCUUUGCACUUGAGUUCAUCAUCACUUUCAAUCUCCUGUUUGUUGUCACUGCUGUUGCCACUGAUACCCGCGCUUUGGGAGAGUUGGCUGGUUUAGCAGUUGGAGCUACUGUCAUGCUGAAUAUUCUUAUUGCAGGGCCGUCGAGUGGUGGUUCAAUGAACCCUGUCCGCACCCUAGGCCCGGCUGUGGCCGCCGGAAACUACACCAAAUUGUGGAUAUACCUGGUGGCUCCCACCCUUGGAGCCCUUGCCGGGGCAGGUACCUACACGGCAGUGAAGCUCCGUGAAGAUGAGGUGGACGAGCCUGUGCGCGAGGCCAGGAGCUUCCGUCGCUAG